AUGGUCUUGGGAGGCAAACUUUGUGCAAUCUUCUGGUCGGCUGCCAGCUACGAUCACAAGACCGAGACCAAUAUCAGCGCAGAAGACGGAUGUUUCAUAUGUAAAGAGCGGUUUGCGACCAACACAAACGAAGAAGGCUGCCACGCUAUACGACUCACCCAUUGCAACCAUGUGGUUGGUCACGAAUGUUUUCGUCAGUGGUCAGCACGCGUGCCGGAGACCUGCCCUUACUGGAACCAUCAUCUACCGUCCAUUCCACGGUCGCGCCAGCCUGACGAAAACUGGGGAGUAACGAUCCUGCGCUGGAUUUGCAGCACCCGGUGGUUCUCACAACUGGAUUACCUCAUCUCGGAAUCGGAUAUAGCCUUCCUCCAGGCGCAUGACGUUACUGCGUUCAUUGAUCUUCAGAUGAACCGUAUGACGAUUGCGGGAUUCAAGACAAUCUGGCAAUACUACUCCAGUGAGGCCAUCGCUAUUAGCUUCGUUCUAGGCUGCCUGUUGUCGCUUUGUAUUGCUGGAAAAUACCGUUCUGGAUAUUGCUGCGUUGGAUUCUUGGAUUCAUUUGGAUCCUUCUGAUCGUCCAUGGCAUCUGCUUCCUUGCAGUAGCCCGGCUGGCGAUACGCUUAGCAUUUCGUAGAAGUUCUCAAUAGUGUUGCACAAUGGUAGUGAUGGG